UUAUCCUCAGACUCAGAGCAGCGCUCCUUCCUCCUCGCCAAGUGAUGCUCAUCGUCGGCCCACAUCACUGGUUUAUCACAGUCCGCUCCAGGUAAGACUGCUCCGGCUUGUUUUUCUCCACUGGAAAACACGCACCGAAGGGCGACUCAACAUGGGAGUUUAACAAGGCUUGCGUGAGCGAGAGCUGGGGAAGGGUAGGAGGACGAAGAAGCCCGCAAGUCCCAUCCGAGAGAAGAGGAGGAGGACGAAGAGGAGGAGGGGGAGGCUCCGCAGAGACGGUCCCGCCGGGACGGGGGAGCGGCGGAUGGUUGUGUGCUUUACAUAGUUUGAAAUGGACUCGGCACGCUUUUUGUUGUCUGGCUGUAGGGAAUAAGAUAAGUGGAUUUAAAGGAAGAGGUUCUUGGAGUUGCGCUCGGCCGCUCUUUGCCUUUCUGUUUGUGAUGGAGUGAGAAAGACAGUGCGCACAGUAACUUCAUACUCGCCAUGAAAUCUGUGUUUUUCAGCCGUUUCUUCAUCUUGUUGCCCUGGGUCCUUAUUGUCAUCAUUAUGAUUGAUAUCGACAGUAAAAGGACGAUCCGGGCGCCAGCAGCCGGUCGCACCGGCAGGGCGCAGCGGGCCGUCCGAACCGGCGCACCGGGGACAGGUGGCACCCAGAACCAAUCUGCCCUGCCAAUUAUCUACGCCAUCACUCCGACUUACACCCGUCCGGUGCAGAAAGCGGAGCUUACCCGACUGUCCCACGCUUUCCGCCAGGUGCCCCGCUUCCACUGGAUCGUAGUGGAGGACUCGACCGCGCGCACGGAGCUGGUGGCGCGAUUCCUGGCCCGGUGCGGGGUGCCGUAUACCCAUCUACAUGUGUUCACUCCCCGGAGGUUCAAGCGCGCCGGGAUGCCACGCGCCACCGAACAGAGGAACGCAGCUCUGACUUGGCUCCGGCAGCACCGGAGCAAACGGGACUCCGGUGUGGUUUUCUUCGCGGAUGAUGACAACACGUACAGCCUGGAGCUGUUUGAAGAGAUGCGUAGCACUCGAGGUGUAUCUGUUUGGCCUGUGGGAUUUGUGGGUGGCAGAGCAUAUGAGCGCCCCCUGGUGUCUGGGGGUAAAGUUGUGGGUUGGUACACUGGCUGGAGGCCGGACCGACCUUUUGCCACUGACAUGGCAGGCUUUGCAGUAAAUCUCCAGGUGAUCCUGGCAAACCCACGGGCGCAGUUCAAACGGCGGGGCUCUCAGCCAGGGAUGCAGGAAUCCGACUUCCUCAAGCAGAUCACCAAGGUCGCCGACUUGGAGCCCAAGGCCAACAACUGCACACGGGUGCUGGUUUGGCACACUCGCACAGAGAAACCGCAUCUCGCAAAUGAGCCCAAACAUCGAAAGGACACCGUGGUCAUGGAGGUGUGAUUGCAGCUGCCCGUCAUCUCUUGGCUGAGACUAAUAACAGCACUCUGCUUUCUCUGCCUUUCGGGUUAUCCAGCUUGUUGCUGAUGGACACAGACUCUGAGGAGCUGCAUGAUUUAAGACUCCCUGCUGUCUGUCAAACAUUGUUUUGUGAGAACUGGAUAGCACCAAAUAUCUUACAAACAGGAAUGACCUGGACUGUUCAUUUUCUCACAUCCACAGCCUGCUGAUGUAAAAACUCCAGUAUAAAUGUAACAUAUCAUGUUGCUGAACUGAAAAGUGCCAUGUAAGACGCAUUGACUCAUUGACACGCUGUUUUCCAUUAUUAACACUUCACCAUCCAUAUUAAAACUAUGAGCUUGUGAUACAGUUGCUGGGGAAAACAAAGGCUUGUGGACCAGAUGAUUGGUAGCUGCCUGUAUUUUAUGACAAAGGUGUUGUAAUGCUAAGGUUUCCCAGUGUUAAAGGAAUUUUUAACAUUUUUGUAGGGAUGCACUGAUACCAAUACCAGUAUUGAUUACUGGCCUGAUACUAUGUUCAUGUAGCCACUUACAAGCUACUCAGAGCUACAAGCUGUCACUUAAAGCAACACUAACCUUUUCCGAGCUGUUGCCAAAACCUCAGGCUCAGCGUUUUGGCUGUCAUCAGCUUUUUUAAACCAGACAUCACAAGUGUAGCUGUGAAACCGCGGGACACUACCGCUUUAUUGUUCUUUUUGAACACUAAUAAAUAAGCAUUGUGUUGUGUUCAAAAGGAUUUAAAAAUUUGUGAUUGAGACUGCAAACUAAUCAGGAAAGUGGUUACUGAGGGCUGAGACCUAUCCAAGCUGUCAGAGUGAGAGGCAGUGUACACCCUGGGCAGGUCGCCAAUCUAUUGCAGGGCCAAUGAGAAACAGCAGUAAGGAAAGCAGGACAACAGUCCCAGUCACCACCUGCAGUCUGUAAAUAUGACUGAAGCACUUACGCUGAUGACCAUCCAAUAGUUGUAGGUGGUUACACUCAGCAGAUUUUGAUAUCUGCUGAGUGUAAUGCUGCCCUAAUAAAUAAAUAUAUAUAUAUAUAUAUAUUCCCAGCCAACAACACAUCAGAAUAACCUCCCAGUGCAGCACAACUUUGUUAAAAAAAAAUAAAAUAAAAAAUUAGCAGCCCGUUUCAGGACAUUUAGUUUCAUCACUUCACCUCUAUUUAGACAAAUAUUUGUUCUGUUUAACUGUCCAGUGGAUCAAAGUUAGUUUAAUGGCAUCGAGGUGUGAUUAACAAUAGUUGAUGAUAUGGAGCAUUCUGAAAAUGUUGUUUUAGGUCAUCUUUCAGGGUACAUUUGUUAGAACUCUAUUAAGUAUCUCUGUUCUUGGUAUUGGCCAGUACCCCAAUGUAAUAUAAGUCUGAAAAAGUUGGUAUUGCUGGAUCCCUACAUUUUGGGAAACAUCAUUGUUUGUAUUUUAUUCAUUAAUUUGAUAAGAUUGCUAUCAAUGUCAUACCUGUGCUGGAAACUGGUAUCAGAAGGCUUUUAGCCUCAGCGUAGAGACUGGAAGGUGGCACAAAAUAAAAGAAUAAACCAAGUAAUGACUCGAACACCUCCAAAGCUCCUGCGUUCAAUUAAACAGAGAAAAACUGCUAUCCUGGUUCUUUAAGGAGUCUUGCCUAAUAUCUGACUAGCAUCCUAGCAAGCUUACUAUUAUUGCUAUAAAAUGCUACAGCUCCCACUAUAAUUUAUUGUUUUAAAUGUGGUAGAUGCUGUUUAAUAAUUAGCUUUAGAUGUGUUUGUAGAGGUAUCCAAACUUUAAAAAGAGCCAGGCUAGCGGUUUUCCUUCUCUGCCAGUUAUUAUGCUAAGCUAGGCUAACCAUAACAUAGUUCAAGCCCUGUAAUUAAUGAUUUUCUCACCUCACUCUUGGAAAGUGGAGAAAGUAUAUUCCCUAAACUACUGAACUAUUACUAUUCUUCCCAUAAUGUCCCUCAAAGCAUUGGAUAUGCAUAUAAAAAUGUUGGAACCCUUUUCAUCCCUUUGUCAUCAAAGUUUUAAAGCUCCGUUUUCUCUGGAAGAACAAGGUCUUCACUUCGGACGGUACUUGUGAAAUUGCCAAUCAGACGGCGACAGAAACGGCCGCCUCUGGUCUCCCUUGUUUAAGCUAAAUCACACGAAUGUCUCAAAGUUAAUGCUGUAAAGGUUGAUUGAUGCCUAAAUGCUAUUUAAAUAUAAUGAACUGAUCAUAUAAAUUUAAUGAAGUGACAUUGUGUGUCUUCUCCUCUGUGUAUCAGAGCAAUGUAGUGAAGUUUGGAAGUGGCCCACAUCAAGAAGCACGUAACAACACUCCUGACAAGCAGCCAUCAAUAAUCUAGCAUCUGUGGGCUGACAACAAAGAAAACCCGUCUCCCAGCAGAGAAAGGAAAAGAAAUGGAGUAGUUGGCAUAUGAGCGGCACAACACAGAGACCGCCACCUUCAUGGUUCUGAUGUGUAAAGAACUCUCUUCCUGACGGCAGCAUCGUCCUGAGCACUGAAGUUUAGAGGGGACUGAAUGUGCACAAGAAAUAAAAACAGGAUUCUAUCCAGGAUUCAACAACUU